CUUUCAUUCUCUCACACACACACACACACACACUCUGACAGAGAGAGAGAAAGAGAGAGAGAGAGAGAGAGAGUGUUUAAGCGGAACUUUAGUUCUAUUCUUCACUCGUGGCGAUGUUUCCAGACUCAAGCACAGGGUACGGUUACGAGGAGUGUAAGGCCACAGCUGAUUGGCUGCUGGCUCAGGCCCCGGUGCGGCCCCUGCUGGGCGUCGUGUGCGGCUCGGGGCUCGGGGGACUGGCCGAGAUGCUGAAAGAUCAGACGGCGGUCAGGUACGGGGACGUCCCGGGCUUCCCGCAGAGCACCGUGGACGGUCACGCCGGGAGGCUGGUGUUCGGCACGCUCAAAGGAAAGCCGUGCGUCUGCAUGCAGGGCAGGUUUCAUCUCUACGAAGGACACCCCAUUCAGAAGACCACGAUGCCCAUGCGUGUGUUUAAGCUGAUGGGCGUGGAGACGGUGAUCCUGACCAACGCCGCCGGAGGACUCAACCCGGACUUCACCGUCGGAGACAUCAUGGUCAUCAAAGACCACAUCAAUAUCCCGGGCUUCGCUGGAAACAACCCGCUGGUGGGAGAAAACGACAAGAGGUUCGGCGAGCGCUUCCCGUGUAUGUCGGAUGCGUACGACCGCGGUCUGCAGCGGCUGGUUCACUCGCUCGCGGCCGAGCUGGAUUACUCCGGAUUCAUUCAGGAGGGAGUGUACAGCGCUUUAGGAGGACCGUCCUUCGAGACCGUGGCUGAAUGCAGAAUGCUGCGUUCUCUCGGAGCGGACGCCGUCGGCAUGAGCACGGUUCACGAGGUGAUUGUGGCGCGUCACUGCGGGAUGAGGGUGCUGGCUCUGUCUCUGAUCACCAAUCAGGCGGUGAUGGACUACGACAGCGAGAAGAAGGCCAAUCACGAGGAGGUGCUCCAGACGGGGCAGCUGAGGGCGCAGCAGAUGGAGAAGCUGGUGUCCGGCGUGGUCUCCCGCAUGGAGCUGGCCGACAGACGACACUAAAACUAAACGACACGCGGCCGGCCGUUACAUUCCACCGCCAACGUCUUUUAGGGAACACCUCCUCGUCAAACAGACCAGUCUCUGAGCGCUGCUCCUGCCGCCGCCUUUAUAUUUAUUCAAACGUGCUUUAUUUAAAACGUAACUAAAUUAUACAUAAAAUAUGACCGGUCGUGAAGAAAAUUUAGUUUUUUUUAUUUUUUAAUUAAGCAAGUAUUUUUGUAAAGAAGGACGUUACUGAUUUCUGAGUUAAGUGAUACUGUAUUUAUGUGAGCUAUUUAUGUAAAAGAGCUUCGUCGUGAAGAACGCUGGGAUUUGUUACUGCGAGGUACUGAACCUAUUUAUGUAAAAGAGCUUAAACUAUAACGUUUUAAGUUGCACUAAAUGACGGAGUGUUUUAUGUGUCAGUUUUAAGAUCUCAAUUACUGUUUUACUGACUUUUACCGGCACUUUUCCCAAAAACGUUUCUUUUAUUGACCCGAACGUUAACGUUGCACUUCAUCUUUGAGUCUUAUAGUUGUUUCUAAAUGAUCUGCUUCAAUGCAAUAAAAAAAACGAUGUUGUA